AUGUACCAAAUGCACGCCUUCUACCCGUGGUUGCAACCCACGACAUAUAGGGAGCAAUUUCUUGGUCAAGCUUUACCGUAUUGGUUACCGUCGAUGGUCAAUCGAUCUCUCGUCGAUCUUACUUUCUCUUUUACCCUGGGCGUGUGCACUGGCGUGCUCAAUCUAUAUGUACGCACCGAGAGCCAGGCGUGGUAUUGGUAUGCUGCGAGUUUAAGUUUCACCUUAGCACACCUCGUGUUUUCGAGGGAGGCUUUGCAUCGGCUACAAGCUGCGGGGAGAGUGGAGGGAGCAGGUCAAGAAAACUUGAAGGCUUUGGAAAAGUGGCUGCGGAUGAACAAGAUCAGGUUCUUGAUUUCAGAGGUUCCGGCUUUCGUCACCUCUCUGGUAGCUGUCUUUAUCAGCCUAGAAGCAGCGUGA